AUGAAAGGAAUAUAUUAUAUCGUAAUUGUGUGCUCUCUUUAUCUAAUAAACUUGGGUAAUUGUUCCGAAGGUGGAGAUAAUAUUUUUUCAGAAAAUGGUAAUAUUAAUUACGAUUUAAUUAAUCAGGAAAAUUCUGAAAGAAGUCAUAAACUAAUUAACCCAUGGGAACAGUAUAUGGAAAAAUAUGAUAUAGAAAAUGUGCAUGGUUCAGGUAUAAGAGUUGAUUUAGGUGAAGAUGCACGUGUGGAAAAUCAAGAUUAUAGAAUACCUUCAGGUAAAUGUCCAGUUAUGGGAAAAGGUAUAACUAUUCAAAAUUCUAGUAAAUCAUUUUUAGAGCCAGUAGCUACCGGCGAUCAGAAAGUAAGAGACGGAGGAUUGGCAUUUCCUAAAACAACUGUAAACAUUUCUCCUAUAUUAAUUACCAAUCUCAAAAAAAUGUAUGAGAAGCUUCCAGAAGUAGUAUCGUUAAAUAAUAUGUCAUUGUGUGCAAAACAUGCCUCAUUUUAUCUUCCAGGUAAAGAUGUCAGUACAGCAUAUAGGCAUCCCGCAGUUUAUGAUAAGUCUAAUGAAACAUGUUACCUUUUGUAUGUGGCAGCACAAGAAAAUAUUGGUCCAAGAUAUUGUAGUGAUGAUAAAAAUAAUGAAAAUCUACCAUUUUGCUUCACACCAGAAAAAGCUGAAAAAUAUAAAAGCUUAUCCUAUAUAACUAAAAAUUUACGUGAGGAUUGGGAAACAAGUUGCCCUACUAAAGGUGUAAAAAAUGCUAAAUUUGGACUUUGGGUUGAUGGCUAUUGCAUAGAUUAUAAGAAGCCUAAAGUUCUUGAUAGUGAAACCUUAUUAGAAUGUAGUCAAAAAGUUUUUGACGAAAGUGCUUCUGAUCAACCUAAACAAUAUGAAAAAUACCUAGAGGAUACUGCCAAAAUUCGACGAGGAAUUGUCGAUAAAAAUGGUAAACUUAUAGGUGAGGCUUUGUUACCAAUAGGAUCUUAUAGAGCAGAUCAAGUUAAAAGUAAAGGAAAGGGAUAUAACUGGGCACAUUAUGAUAAAAUAAAAAAAAAGUGUUACAUUUUCGACAAAAAGCCAUCAUGUUUAAUUAAUGAUAAUAAUUUCACUGCAAUAACUGCUUUAUCAAGUAUAGAAGAAAAUUCCCAAGAAGAUUUUCCUUGUAAUAUAUAUAAAAAUAAAAUCCAAGAAGAAAUUAAAGUCUUAAACGUGAACCGAAACAAUAAUGGAAAUAAUAUCGUUAAAUUUCCUAGAAUAUUUAUUUCAACUGACAAAAAUAGUUUAAAUUGCCCAUGUGACCCUACUCAAAUGAGUGAGCACAGUUGUAAUUUUUAUGUAUGUAACUGUGUAGAGAAAAGACAAUUUAUAUCUGAGAAUAAUGAUGUUCAAAUAAAAGAGGAGUUUAGAAGUGAAUAUGAAAGCCCAAUAAAUCAGAACAUGAUAAUUAUUAUAAUUUUGAUUGCUACUGGAGCUAUAUUGGCCGCUCUAUUAAUCUUUUAUUUCUUUAAAAGUAACAAACCGGGUGAAGAUUAUGAUAAAAUGGGCCAAGCAGAUGCCUAUGGUAAAACCAAAUCCAGAAAAGAUGAAAUGUUAGACCCAGAGGUGUCAUUUUGGGGUGAAGAUAAAAGAGCAUCACACACAACACCAGUUUUGAUGGAAAAACCAUAUUAUUAA